AUGCCUCUGUACAGCAUCGCGAUAUGCCCAUUGAAGCUCACUGCGUACUUCUGCCGCCAGGGCUCCGUGUAUGUGGUGGUGAUCUCGCGCAAAGGGCUUGAGAUCGCCACGAGCCCGUCGGUGUGCCACGCCAACAACGAGGUCAUCUUCUCUGACGCCGAAGGCCUCAGCAGCGCGAGGCCGUUUGAGCUGUCCUUCAACUCACCAAAGGACCGGCGAAUACUGCACUUUGGCAUUUACGACUUCACCAACCGCAAGAACGCCGCCAAGCUCACGGGGUUCGAGAUCCCGCUGGCGGGCAUAUGCAGCGUGCUUGCUGGCGAGUCCAUGUGUGAGAAGAAGGGUAUCUCGUUCCGCGUUUCCGGCCAGUCGGGGCGCCUCGACAUCAUCUUUCGCAUGCACCCCGUUGGCACACCGGUCCCUCAGUUGCGUAAGGCGCAGACAAACGAGGUUAUACCCGGAGUGGCGGCCGAUGCGCUGGGUGCCGCUUCCCAUCGCAGCGCGGCGGCGGUCUCACUCGGGUCCGGUGGCGGCCGCAACGCCGGCGCUGGAUCGGCCAGGUCCACCCGACUGCCGGAGCAUGCGCUGCAGGCCCUAAUACGGGAGGGAAUCAUCUCGAACGACCUGGACGGGGUAGAGAUGGACCUUGACCUGGCGAAUGAGAUCGCCGUGCGCACCUCCAUCCUCUUCCCCAGCCGCAACGACCUCGUGGACCAGAUCCGCACGCUAACGCGAGAGAUCCAAAAGCUCGAGUACGAUGUGCAGUACGCCGCGAAGGACAAGGUCGUCGCCGGCUCUGCCGCGUCCGCCGCGCUACGGAACGAGGUUAACUACUGGAAGGAGAAGGUGAAGGAGAUCGACGACAAGUCCGCGCACGAUGCCGGCAUCGCGCAGAGGACAGAAGAGCCGGAACCGCAGCCGGCCAUCUCGCAAGAAUACAUUGCUGGAAUCGAGGCGCAGCUGGCGGCGAAGCAACUCGAGAUGCACAGCCUCGAAGCGCAGCAGAGUCACCGCGACGUCACGGAGGACGCGAUGAGGCUCUUGGAUCAGAUCGAUCACUUGCAGACGAUGUUGGUGGAGCUGAAGAGUGAGGGGGCCGCGCCAGCAACGCUGAAGACGAAGGAUUAUGACAUUGCCGAGAACGGCGACCGCUGGGACAAGCUGGCCGCCAAGCUGUACGAUGCCGAAAGCAUGACGGAGCAGCUCAAGCAGACGGUUAUGGCGCUGAACCGCGUGCAGUACGAGCCCUACCUUGCUGGCGUGGAGGCUGGGUUCAUGCACACUGUGCCAAAGGAGUUGGAGUUUGUGAUGCAAAACCAGCGCACGCCAGGCAACCUGCCGCCCCAGAUCAGCAACCCCGCGUCAUUGGCGGCGGCUCCACCGACCGGUCAACUCGCUGGAGGCGACGCGGCGGGAGACAUACUAGACGACUUGUUCGGCGCAACUCCGAUGCAGGCGCAGCCGGCUGCCGCGCCGGAACAAACGGCCGCUUUUCCUUCGGUGUCCCUCUCAUGCACGGCAUACGAGCCUCCCAAGGCGGCGCAAGUCACGCCUGUUUGGGCGCCAUCAGCUGGCGGCUCUGCACCCAACUCGUCCACUGCUCCACAGCCGUCGCAGUCGAUGCCUGCUGCAUCCGGUGCCCCAGAAGCUUCGCUGCCACAACCAGCGGCAGCGGACCCCGCGGAAGCCCAUCCUGCACCAAACUCUCUGACAAAACCGACAGUGAGCGCACCGCCAGCACCGCCCACGGCAGCUGCUCAGCUCGACCCCACGGAUGCGGUGCCGAAUGCGUCCUCCCCGGGCGCAGAGGGAGCAGUGCCCGGGACCCGUGUGGCCCACCGAAGCUCUGGCAUGACAAGCGCAACUGCAUCUCAGGCUGCGGCACCAGCGAACGUUGCACCGCCUUCACUGGAAGUGCCAAUGCAAGCACCACCGUCGAACUCACUAGGUGUCACUGAGAGCAGCCGUGAAACACCAGCGGCGCCGCCUCUGCAAUCACAGCCGCAAAACGCACCCCCAGCUCAGCAACAGCAGCCCCUGCAACCAAGCUACGGCGCCCCGAUUCCCGAGACGACUUCCUGCCAGGGGCAAGACGCCGGACAGCGGCCAGGCUUCCCACACCAGCAGCAACCGCAGCAGCAGCAGCAACAGGGGCCACCAGUGCCGCCCUUCGAGCGCCGUCCACCGUCACUGGAGGAGAUCCCGUACACUGGCUUCUACGGCAUUCCACUCAUAGCCCGUGGCUGUCCUAUCGAUAUCUAUCUUGACGGCAAGAACCCAACGCGUGGCACGGAGCUGACCUUCAUCAACAACGCCGACUAUCAAAUCAUGAUCGGCGGUGUGGAGCUGAAGCAGGAGGACAUCUUCUCCCCUGACCCGAAUAGUGCCAAGACGAUUCCGACACAACGGUGGCCGCAGCACAUCUGGGUACCGGGUGGCGGCAGCCGGCAGAGUUGCAUCAUUGCCCUUCACCCGUCCUUCCCCCGUGGGUCGUCCAUCAUGGCGCUUGUCAUUGUGUACGUCUUCAACGAAGGACACUACACUCCAUUCACAGCGCGCUUCACCAUCUAA